CAACUUGAGUUGCUAAGGUUACUCCUUCUAUUGUUAUGUUCAGUCUACUAAUUUUUAAUCACUUGUUUGCAAUUGCAAUGGCAAUGGAACUUUUAGUACAUGAGUUGUUCCUCACUGCUAUCCAUUCUAUUCUGCACCUCUUUCUUAUGUUCUCCUGUAGGUACUUUUCAAAACUUAAUUUGUUUAAAGAGGAUGCAAACAACAUGAGCAGUAACAAGAUGCUUGCUUGGUUAGCUUUGGUUUUGGUUUUCCUUUUAUGUGCGACACAUUCCUUGAGUAAACUUGGAAUACAGUUGAAGAUCAUGUCUUAGGAGAAAAGUCCGCUAAAAGCAACAACUUACUACUACUACGCUAAGUCAUCUAGUUGUUUUUCUUUUGAGCCAUUCAACCCUCAUACUCUUUCUCUCACAUUCCACCUUUGUUCUGUGAUCUUUUAUUAAAAGAUAUCCUUUUGCAUGAAGUAAUUACUGUAAUAUAUUUGUCAUGAUGUUUUGUUAUGCAAACUACUUUUUAUAAUGUAUGAGAGCAUAAUUAAUUAUGGAGAAAAAAGAAACAAAGAGGGUGUGAGAAGAAAAAAGUGAACAUAAACAGCAUCUUACCUUUCUUUUCCUUGGGCCUGGGCUGACAUUCAUCUUCCCAAGACUGAAAAGCCCAGCCCAUAGUACCCAAUACCUGAAAAUGGGCCUGAAGUUGUGAUGUCCUGUUCUAGGGUGUGAGAAGGUGUAGCCUGAAAUAACAAUGAAUAUGGAUAGUCUAACAUAACAUGAGAAUGGAAGAAAGGAAGGAACCCUACACAUACAUACAGUAAUACAAAGAAGUAGCAAACAAGGAGUAUAAGAGUAGCAUCAGGUACAAUCUUUGUCUUUCCUAAAAAUACAAACAAACUUAAAUACAUAUUUUGAGCCAUGAACGACACUUGCACUCUUUGGUCCCCUCUCUAAUGAAUCCAUUUCACUCUGAAACAUUAUGCAUAGAUUCCGGUUUGAACACCAACACUCCACCUAGACCGUUAACAUGGUGAUUGGUAUUCCACCAUUCCAUGCAAUACGGAGGGGGACCAGUAUGAUCUAUUGACCAAAUUUAUGACCACUUAACCCACCAAAAUACCCUCAAAACCCCCAUUACAGACUUCUGGGGAAGACACACAAUGCACACACAUCACACGUAUUUAUUUCUUACCGCUUUAGCAAUCUCUCCAGUACAAUCCAUGUUCAUCAUGGUACCAAUAUUAUUGAAAACUCUAGGGUUUUGAGUUGACAUCUGUGUUUAAAUUUAGAUCUGUGUGUCCGUGUCAGCACCCAUCAACAUUGUUUUCCCCUUUGCAAUGGGGGGAAUUCAUGGCCAUUUAGCUUUGGUUGAAAAAUGAUUCGUUUUUCUUUACCCAUGAGACAUGGUACGUCAAGGGCUUCCCUAGAAAACGAUGGAUACACAUGGUGCCAAAUCAAAACCUAGACUAUGUAGCAGGCCCAUGUUCCGGUUUCCAUAACCAUGAAAUAGAAACAAUUAUAAGAAACAACGCAGAUCGAAAUUGUACACUAAUCCAAUGUUACACAACCUCUUUAAUCGAUGGGCCACUUAGAUUUUCUACAUUUGGAUGCACGUAAUCCUGACCCACAACAACAAGCUUUUAGAAAGCUUUUUCCACUCCCAAAAGCUUCUUCCUUUCCAAUUCUUUUCAGGCCCUCUACUCUCCCUUUGCACAACAAAAUUUUAACCAAAAUUGAACCAUAUAUCACUACUUCCACCAUCACACACGACAUUACCAGUUCCACUUUCUAAACUACACACACUUCCUUUUUACAACUAAGUUUGUUUUCUUGCUUUAGCUUGCAAUCACAACUUACACUGCUGCUUUUACUUUACCCUAUUUGAAAGACCCACUUGGUCCUGGUCCUGGUCCUGGUUAGUUUCACUGUUGGCGUUGUUGGAACUGCUUGCUCCCGUGCAUGUCUGAAACCCUUUUCGGCCACGUUCAAUUUUAGUUCUGGUGUGAGGCAUUAUAUAUGUCAUGCAACCCACGUGGAGGAAGAAGAUGUGCCUAAAGCCCAGAAGGCACGAAACUGUUGUCUACGUGGAAGGGUGCUUGCUAAGUGACCAAACCUUAAGAAAUAAAAAAAACAGUGAUCACUCUGGUUGUUUUAACAGCACACAUUAUGUUUUGUUUAGGCCUUAAUUGGUGUCACCGUUCCACAAUGUCAUUCACUUCUUCUACCCCACUCUUUUGCCUUUAUGCCAACUUUUUCCUCUCUUGUGGCCCCAGCCCCUUCACCUCCAAUUCCAAAUACCCUUCUUUCUUUCUCCCUCUCUCUCUCUCUCUCUAUUUAUUAUCCUACAAACAAAGAGUGUCAAAACAGACACUGAUAUAGAGUUAUCUAACGUCUCAUCCCCACACUAGAGAGAACUAGAAAGCAUUCAACACCUUCACAAACACAGAGUGAGAGAAGGAUGGGGAAUCACAGGUUUAGAUUAUCAGAUAUGAUUCCGAAUGCUUGGUUUUACAAGCUCAGGGAUAUGGGGAAGGGAAGAAAGCAAAACACCACACUCUCUGGGAAGAAGAAGCAAACUUCAUCCAUUUCAAUCACUUCAACCACUUCAACCACACAUUCAUCAAAACCAAACCAACCCCUCCACCAAUACAACAACAACAACAUCCCCAGAAAGUCAUACUACAUCACAAGAGACCUCAAAACCUCACCCUCAAACACCCCGAAAUUUUCCCCUCCCAGAAAAUCAACCAAACAAAGAACCAAAAGAAGAGCUCCAAGAACCACAAAGUUUGUUUCCUCAGGUUGUAGCUGUCGCAGCACACUCGAAUCCAUGUGGACCAAAUCAGAUUCACCGCAGGAACACUCUUCCUCAUCCCCAUUUGACUCCUCACCCGAGUCAGAGUCCCCAGAAUUCAGAACAGACCGUGUUCUCCCGUGUUCUUCAUCGUUCGAUGAAAUGGUUUCCUUGUCAACCACCUCUUGCGCCUCUUGCAAGCUUACCACAAACAAAAACAACCCCCCCACCAACGACAUCAUCAUCGACGUCGACAAAAACUCCAUACCAAGAAAGGAUAACAAGCUUGAUGGCUACUACAGUUACAACAACAGCCGCAACAACGACUUUGAUGACACCUUCUCAGAACUUGAGCUUCCUCCGAUCAUAACCAAGCCACCCAAAUUGUUAAAGAAGAGAGAACUCAAACAAGGGUCGUUGAAGGUGAGAGUUGUGAAGGAAGAGUCUGCAAUGAAGGAACAGAGGAACGGUGGUUCUGUGAGGCGGUUCUCUGUGAAUUCUCCGGGGAUGAGGUUGAGGGUCCACUCACCCAAAAUCGCCGGAUGGAAGGGGCGGAAAAGUGUGUCGUCGACGGCGAGUUCCGGCUCCCGGAGAAGCCUCUCGGAGAGUUUUGCGGUUGUGAAGUCUUCUUUUGACCCGCAGAAGGAUUUCAGGGAGUCCAUGGUGGAGAUGAUCGUGGAGAACAACAUAAGGGCAUCCAAGGACUUGGAGGAUCUACUUGCUUGCUACCUUUCUCUCAAUUCAGAUCAGUAUCACGACCUCAUCAUCAAAGUCUUCAAGCAAAUUUGGUUUGAUUUGACUCAACCAAGAGCUGCAUAGAGACUGUGUGGUAGGGUCAAUGGCAGGUAACCGUGAAGAAUGGUGUCUACAAAGGCAUUGUUUUAUUGAGUGCAUAGGAAGGCCAAAAAAAAAAAAAAAAAACUUGGGCAUGCUGGUUUUGUUUCAUUUUACUUAAACACCAAAAUUUGCGUCAGAAAUUCAGUACCCUCAUGAACCUAAAGUAGUUUGAGAACAACACAUAGAACUGCACAAAAUUGUAUAAAUAGUUAAGAAGGGUCCCUCACCAGCAUCAUAUGCAAUAACUGACACCUUCUUCUAUUGAACUUUGAUAUUUUUACCCAAAAGAAGUUCCCCUUUAAGUACAAGCUCUAGAUUUCACGUCUUUGGUCACAAAUUUUGAAGGUUUUGCUUUGUGCUUAUCCCCAAGCCAGACCAGACCAUGCAGCUUUUAAGAUCUCGCAUGCCCAUUUUCCAUCUCAACACAACACACACACAUAUACACACAUUGAACAAGUAUUGUGAAAAAACCUUCACGAUUCAAAGGUGAAGGAAAAGGUUUCAUAACCGUACACUAUUUUAAAUUGGAACAACCAUUUUUUCUGACUACCAAUAUCAGAAAUUCAAAUUGAUACACUGUGCCUUGCGUUAAACCCUAUGAACUGGGGAAUAAACAAUAAAGGUCUCUAAUUUCUUGAAGCAUGUCUAAAGGUGGAACUUUGAUUUUGAAAAGGUAAAGUUACUUCGAUUAUUUCAAAAGCGGGUGCAGACUUUAACCACAAGGGCAUUGAGGGUCCUUCUGGUUUAGGACUUAAGACUCUGUCAUGUGACAAAGCAUUUCACAUAUAAAUAUUAAACCAAAGAGUUGAAAAUGUUGACUUGAACUAUCCCAAUUGAAUUUCCAAAUUUGUGUGGACAUAGUAGCGU